AUGGUGGACUACUACGAGGUGCUGGGCGUGCCCCGCCAGGCCUCCAUCGAGGCCAUCAGGAAGGCGUACCGCAAGCUGGCGCUUAAGUGGCACCCGGACAAAAACCCUGAGAACAAGGAGGAGGCGGAGAGGCGAUUCAAACGAGUGGCCCAGGCCUACGAGGUGUUGUCAGACGCCAAGAAGAGGGACAUCUACGACCGAUACGGCGAGGCGGGAGUGCAGGGCGGCGGUGGCGGCCAGGGCGGCAGGCCCUUCGGGGACCCCUUCGAGGACCCCUUCGAGGGCGUCUUCACCUUCCGCGACCCGGCCGACGUCUUCAGGGAGUUCUUCGGCGGCCAGGACCCGUUUUCAUCUCACUUAUUCGGAGACCUGCUUGAGAACAUUUUGGGCGGUCGGAGGAGCUCCCGGGGAAGCAGAAGCAGAAGCAGAGAGUCCGCACCGAUUUUCUCCACCUUCAGUGAAUGUCCAGCAUCUGGAGGCGGUUUUUCUUCCUUUGAUAGAGGAUUUACCUCCUUUGGUUCUCUGGGCAAUGGGGGCCUUUCUUCCUUCGCCAUGUCUUGUAGUGGUGGGACGGGCAACUUCAAAUCCAUGUCGACUUCCACCGAAAUCAUUAAUGGCAAGAAGAUCACCACCAAGAGAAUCAUUGAGAAUGGCCAAGAAAGGAUAGAGGUGGAAGAAGACGGAGAGUUAAAGUCCAUGAUGAUAAACGGCAAAGAGCAGUUACCACACCUUGACACCAAGUGA